CAGACGCUUUUGAUAUCCAUCCAACGCCCUUACAGCAGCCUCUCAUGAUGCCGAUCACUCACAUUGUUCUCUUCCAGUUCAAGGCGGGCACUAGCCCUGAAAUUAUUAGAGAUGUUUGCAGUCGGAUGUUGGCCCUAAAAGAUAACUGCCUUCACCCUUCGUCCCAGAAACCAUAUAUCAGGGCUUCAUCUGGUGGCAUAGAUAAUUCUCCUGAAGGCAUCCAGCAUGGCAUGACACAUGGCUUUGUUGUUGAGUUUGCGAGUGCUGCAGACCGAAACUACUAUUUCAAGGAGGAUCCUGUUCAUCGAGAAUUUACCAGGAGCCUUGGUGGAGUUGUCGAGAAGGCGCAAGUCAUUGACUUCGCCCCAGGGGUUUUUUUAAAAUAAAGCAACUGAAGCGGAGGAUUGCUUGAAUUGCUCGACUUGGCAUCCGACCUUAU